AUGUUUUCUGACUUGAAUUUCGCUAUUCCUUUCGUAAUGCUGAAGACGUCGGGGCGAGUAUUUGAGCGAUCCAUGAUCUUCCGCAGGGAGACUAAGCUGCGCUCCCCUUAUUUUUGGCGCGUGGCCGUGGCUUUGCUUGUUACAGCGGCAAUACAGACGGGGAAGACUGGAUGGGCGAAGCCAUCGGGCUCAACUUCGUUUCUGAUCGUUGAUGUCUCUAGCCCAGUCUCCUCGGCUUUUUGCUUCGCGGACCACCUUGCUUCAACCUUGUGGCAUCGACAACACUCACGAUGCGGUUCCUGA